ACCAAUUAUUACCAUGUCAUGUCAUUUAACGUUAAGUAGUUUAUAGAUUUACAAAUCAAAUCAAUUGAUGAUUGAACAAAAUUAACAAUUGAUAAGUAAAUCCAAAAACGGCAACCGCGGGUAUCGAGCUGGCCUGAAUUGUGCCUGAUUAUAAAGCAACGGCAUAUCGAAGGAAAGUAUUAGUUCUACUUUUAAAUAUUUUGUGGGCUUUGAGAUGGGUUCACAUAAAGAAAAUAAAAAACACAGAAAAGAAUCUAGCUCUUCUGAAAGCGAAUCCUCCUCAUCUGAAGAGGAAAGAACCAGUAAGAGAAAAUGUUCCAAAAGGUUUAAACAGUCUAGUUCUGAAGAAAGUGAUGAGACUGAAAAGAGAAGUCAUAAGUCAAGCUGUCAGAUAAGAAAAUCCAAGAAUGAAGUUUUGGAAAGAACCCGUCACAGAGAAAAGAUUCAUUCUGAAGAGUUACGAGGUAAGUACAUAGAAAGAAAAGAAGUUACGGAUGAUGUCAGAAAUAGGAGUAGAUCUAGGGAUAGAGAUGGUACAAGACAACGAAGGGGAGAUUACCACAAACAUGAAGAUAGAGAAAGGAAGAGUAAUAACAAAAGAGACAAACACAGUGAAACAAGAGAGAGAAAUGAUGAUAACAGAAGUAAAAGAGAGUAUAAUAGAGAAAAACAUGAAGAUAGAUAUAAAAAUAAAGAAUUUGCUGAUAGGAGGAAUGAUAAAUGGAGUAAUGAGAACUACAGAAGAGAACCAGAUGGAAGAAAUGGAAGGAAUGAAAAAAGGAGACGAAGAAGUGGAUCUUAUGAUCAUGCCAAUGCCAAAUGGGGUAAAGAUGAUGACAAUGUCAAAUCUGAGAAAAGUGAUAAUGAGAAGAAGGAUAAGGAAAAGCCAAACUUUGGCCUUUCUGGCAAGUUGACUGAAGAAAGGAAUACUUUUCGAGGAGUUGUCAUCAAAUACAGUGAGCCCCCAGAAGCAAGGAAGCCAAGAAGGAGGUGGCGACUCUAUCCCUUUAAAGGAGAAAAAGCUUUGCAGACUCUGUACAUACACAGGGAAAGUGCUUAUCUCAUAGGCAGAGAAAGAAAAGUUGUCGAUCUACCUGUUGAUCAUCCAUCUUGCUCAAAACAACAUGCAGCACUUCAGUACAGACUAGUACCAUUCACUAGGGAAGACGGGUCAGUAGGAAAACGGGUUCGUCCUUAUCUUAUCGAUCUCGAGUCCGCUAAUGGAACCUUCAUCAACAAUAAAAAAAUAGAACCCAAAAGAUAUGUGGAGUUAUUCGAGAGGGAUGUUGUAAAAUUUGGAUUCAGCUCGCGAGAGUAUGUUUUGCUGCAUGAAAACAGCAAAGAUGAAGCCAUGGAUGAUGAUGUUAAACAAGAGGAGGAGGAGGAGGAAGUCAAGGUGAAGAUAGAGCAGAAAGAGUAAUGUGUACAUUAUUAGAGUUUAGUUUUUUAUUGUCAAAUAGUUAUGAUUAAUAAAUUAAUUUAAGCAAU